AUGCAGGGCUUCAACAUGGGACGCUACGUCCCCCCGGACCUCGAAGGCACCACCUCCGGCAACAGGCUCAACAACAAGCACCCGCUCGGCCACCGCGCCGCCAAGCUCGCGUCCCACGGCAUCCUCACCGUGCGCUUCGAGAUGCCCUUCCCCAUCUGGUGCGCGCACUGCCCCAAGCCCACAAUCAUCGGCCAGGGCGUGCGCUUCAACGCCGAGAAGAAGCGCGCGGGCAGCUACUACACCACGCCCGUCUGGAGCUUUCGGUUCCGCCAUGCCGAGUGCGGCGGGUGGAUUGAGAUGCGCACCGAUCCGAAGAACACGGCGUAUGUCGUCGUCGAGGGGGCGACGAAGCGCGACACGGGGGAUGGACCAGAAGCAGGGGAGAAUGUCAUUCUGACGGACGAGGAGAGGGAGGCACUGAGGAAGAAUGCGUUUGCGAGCCUGGAGAAGACGAUUGCCGAUCGGGAGAGGCUGAAGCUCGCGACGGAGCGGAUUGACGACUUGGCGGAUUUGUCGAGCAAGCACUGGGACGAUCCGUAUACGCAGAACCAGAAGCUGAGAAGGGCCUUUCGCGUGGGUAGGAAAGAGAGGGAGAUUGCGGCGGCGGCGACGGAGGAUUUGAAGGAUCGGAUGGGCCUGGGAAUUGAACUGCUACCGGAGAGGGAGGAUGACGCCAAGAGGGCGGCGCUGGUGGAUUUUGGAGGAGACGGAGAAGGAGGGAAAGACGGCGAUGGGGCCAUCAAGGCGCUGUCGAAACCUUUGUUUGCGACUACAAGUACAAAAUCGACAUCAACAACAGCAAAAACGCAAAAUCAUUCAUCUUUGAGUUUAAAAGACACGAGAUCAAAGGCCGAAAAAGAAGCAUUCCGCAGAAAGGAGACGUUUGUCGCACAGUUUAUAUCCAACACGCGGGCCGCACAGGACCCUUUUCUCGGCAGCGACAGCGCUGCUACGAACAAAGUCUCGCUCGGCAUCAAGAAGAGGAAACGAACUGAUGGUGAUGCUGGGGCCGACAGGAGACGUGCUGAAGAGCCGGAGGUUAAAGUGGCGGUAUCGGCGCAGACGGCGUCAACUGUGGGAUUAGUAGAGUAUGAUUCAGAUUAA